GUUCACGACGAAGUGUGUCACGACGAAGCGUAUUCAACUAAAUAUAAACCGUUUUAACAGAAGUUUGAUGUUACAGUUUAUCAGCGUUAUGAACGCUUCCGUCGAUCGAUCAGAUGGAUGAAGAACUCGCUAUUUAAUACUUUAUACAAUAAUUAUCUGAUAAUAUUUCGUUUUGAUCAUGGUUUACAUACCAUAAAUUACCACAUAAUUACGUAUGAAAACACAAGGAGCGAAAUCUUACAUGUAGUAACAAUACAGAAGUUAAAACCAAACUUAAAGUAGGAUAACAAGUAAGAAUCAGUGAAGUUAACACAUACAGGGACUAGCUAUGUUGGAAGGAUUGUCUGUAACGUCUUGUGGACUGAUUAUCCUGGUGUGCAUCAUGGUUCAUCGGUUCAUGCUAAGCAGAAGCGUCAGAAACCUGCCGCCGUCUCCCGGCCUCUGUCUGCCCGUCUUUGGGCACUGCUACCUACUGCGGGAGGAUAUGAGGCCAACACUGGCGCGACUCCGGAAGCAAUGCGGUGACGUGUAUUACAUGCAGUUGGGGGCGUGCCAGCGGUAAUUAUCAGUGGAUAUGACGCCAUUGUGGACGCUUUCAAGAAGCAAGCCGACCUUUUUGCAGCAAGACCGAAGUUGCUCAUUUUGGAAAAGAUUUGUGAGGAAAAGGCCUAGCUAUGGCUAGCGGGGAACCAUGGCGGGAGCACAGGAAAUUUGCAUUUGAUACACUGAAGGACUUCGGUAUGGGCACAACUAGGCUAGAUGCAACCGUACAGGAAGAAGCUGUGUUGAUGGUCGAGGAGAUAGGAGAGCAUAAUGGUGAACCUUUCGAUCCCAAACAUGUGAUUAGCUCACACGUUGCCAACGUGAUUUGCUCGAUGGUUUUCCGAAGACAGUUCAAACACGACGACUCUCGUUUUAAAGGAUUGAUAAAAUUAUCACAUGAAAGUCAUCGCGCAAUAGUCAGCAUCGCCAACUUCUUACCUUGGACGGCCCGUCUGCCUUGGGAUCCCUUAGAUGUCGGGCGGAUGAUCGCCAACUCGGACGCUCUGCACACCUUCUGUGCGGAUAUAGUACGAGAGCACGUGGAGACGUACGACGAGAACUGCAUCGAGGACCUGGUCAGCGCGUACAUCAGAGAGAUGAAGAAGCACGAGCAGACGAACGAGCAGACGACUAUGAGCUACGAGAAUCUCGAAAUACUAAUUCAGGACCUGUUCCUUGCCGGCGUACAUUCGACAACGAAUGCGCUUCGCUGGAGUAUCGUGUGCCUCACGGAGUAUCCCGAGAUUCAAGAACGCUUGUAUAAGGAAAUCACGAGCAGCAUCGGCAUUCGGUCUCCCUCUGUCUUAGACCGGUCAUCCUUAGUGCAUGUGGAGGCCUUCUACAUGGAGGUGUUCAGGUUCUGCAACUUACAAAUCCUCUCCCUCAUGCACUCUUCGACUGAGACGGUGACCUUCAAAGGUUACGCUAUACCACCCGACGCAGCUGUUAUAUACGACCUUGUAUCCGUAUUCAGUGAUCCCGCCAUAUGGGGCGACCCGCUUGUAUUCCGACCCGACAGGUUUAUUGACGAUCACGGAAAGUUGAUUAAACGGGAUGAGUUAAUUCCAUUUUUCUUGGCAAACGCAGUUGUAUCGGGGGGUCGCUGGAGCGGAUGGAGCUUCUGCUAUUCCUUAGUAGCCUCGUGCAGAGUUUCGUUUUGAAAGUCCGGCUGGGGAUGAAGUCUCCAUGGCGACCUUGGACGGGGUGUUUGGACUGGCGCAUGAGCCGAAGUCUUACAGAAUUGUAGCGGUUUCUAGGAGUGGCUGACUGGCAGUGCACGUGAUUCGCACAGAAUGACAUAAUAAUGAUUAUAUGUUAUGAUUUUAUGUACAAGUAGAGCUAUAUGCAAGAAAAAAACUGUUUAAAGUGCUUUGAACACAGCACGUGACUUUGAAUGUUCUAUGUAUUAACAAUUCGGAUGCAUUUUUGAGUUAUUGAGAUAAAAUGUUUAAUACAAUUAUAAAUGUCCUGAUAUAGAUUAGGCAGAACAUAAUGCACAUAUACAUAUACAUGUAUAUGUAAACUGUUUAUCAAUUAUUAUUGACAAAUGUUGAAUAAUAGUAUAUUAAAUGUAACUGAACGAAAAAAGGU